AUGUCGACACCGAGACCCAGUCCAAGAUGGUUCGCCCCGUCAUCAAUACCACCCAUCUUGCUGUUGACGGCGGUUACAUCGUUUGCGUUUAACCAUGCUCUCAUCUCUACGCAACGCAAGCAAGAUUUGCGUGAUCAUCGUAUACGCGUUGCCCUUCUUACCGAUACUAUUGGCUACAAUUCGAGGUUGUUACACCACCUAAACCCACCCUCUAAGUCCAAUUCAUCUUGGUUCGGGACCAGAACUCCAAAACAACGAGAAGUGGUGGAGGAAGAAUGGGCGAAGGGAGAAUGGGCGAAGGAAGAAAGAGCGGUGUUGAUGCGACGGUGGAGAGCGUUGGGAACGGACCCUGUGCGGGAGAAGUUGCUUCCUCAGUCAAGACAAGGAGAGUCGGUGGAGGGAGCUGAGAGGGUAUUAGAAGGAGGAGUAGGGGAGGGAAAGAGGCUGGGGCCAAAGGAGGUGACAUGGAGUGAAAUCUUCCUUGGCAGUAAAGAGAAAAGAUCAAGUUUGACGGAGCGGUGGAAGAAGGUUACAGCGGGAAUCAAAGAUUCAUUUACCCUUAACACCAACUCUACACCACCAGAAACAAGAACGACGGAAGAGGAGGAAAAGGAACUGGAACAACUGUCAAAGUUAUGGUCCAGCGCUACUAAAGAGCAAUAG